UUUAUGAUGGUACUGUACUGUACAUAUUGACUCCAUGGUAGAAUCUUGGAUUACUAUACUGAAUGUAAAUGCUACAUUAACUAGAAACCAUAAGAGCGAUGGUUAUUAGAAAAGAUUUAGAUAGAUAAUAAGAAAACAAUAUAGAGAAUAUACUAAAAACAGUCGAAGCAAGCAUAAGAAAAUAAGAGUUUUGCUAAGAGGAUUUAAUAAAAGUAUUAACUUAAUAGAAAAAUACAAAAAUAAACUAAAAAGACAAAUAAUAAAUACUAGAGAAAUGAAAGAAAAAUAAGUUAUAUUGGAAUUAAAUUGAAAAAAUAAAAUAGUUAUUACCAAAAAUGAAAGAAGCUUCUAAGAAACAACAGCUUAAGAUGGUUGCUUCUUUAAGUUCUUUUGAUUUACUACUCUCUAAUGAACGGUUUGAAUUGUUAACUGAAGUUCUUGGAUAUACAAAAAUGAACGACGCUAAAGAAACGUUAUACGUGAUUUGUUUAAAUUACGUUUUACGUAAUUUAACCGAUGUUUUAACGAUAUUAAGGCAAAGAAAAUUGGAUUUAAAUAAAUUCUUUUCCGGUUUUCCGCCCGCUGUUUGUGAAGAUCUUUUGUAUCGACCUUACAAUAAACAAGAAAUGAUAACAAAUUUGUUUAGAUAUGGGAUAAAAGUUGUCGACUUAUCUUAUUAUCAGCACGAUUUUUCAAUCAAAUAUCGUAUAAAAAAUUGUGAAGUAAGUCAAAAUAUGCAACAAAGGUGUCAAGUACGUUACGUUGCUACAAUCGUUUAUAUGAUUAUGACUAAAACAAAUUUAUCAGAAAAUAAUAUUAAUACUUUAACUUGUCACUUGAAGAAUGUAUCAGUUCUUGUCUUAAAUGGAACCAGAACAACUGACAGAGUUUUAGAAACGAUAGGAUCUAGUUGUCAUUUUCUAGAAAAUCUAGAUGUAUCAGGAUGUCCAAUAACAAAUUCAGGGCUCUUACGUCUUUCUUACGAUUCGCAACAUCAUAACACACGUUGCAAACAUUUAAAAGUGUCGAAAAUUCGCCGUACAGAAGUCACAUGGUCGGGUAUAUUGUAUAUUUUGACACAUAAACAUGUUCUCGACGCAGAUAUCGACACACACGUGAAUGGCUUACACUAUUAUUCUCUAUUAUUCCAACACAGCAAGCUAAAUCUGAGAAAGAUUCGCAUUUAUCCAAUUCAGAAUUAUAUAAGUGCAGUAGUAUUUUAAUGUUUACCCCAAUUUGACAUCAUUGAAACUUUCGAAUGCUCCUAUAACGGACGAAGAAUUGAAGAGUCUCCAGAAAUUUCAUUUUCUAAAAAAAAAUUGGAAGUUAAAAUAAUAAAUUGAAAAAUUUGACAUUUGAAGGUUUGUUGAAAUUUCUUUUAUUGAUACUUUCCGGAAAACAGUUGGAAAAUUCUACGUUAUCAAAUUUUGAUUAUGUCAAUUUGCAUUCUGUUGGAUUGAUUUGCAAAAAUCUUAAAAUUUCUCGAUUUGUAUUCUAUCAAAGAAGUAAAUUCUAUGAAGGAAAAUGGAAAAAUAUUUAUUAAUAACGAAAACAUUUUUAGUUCUAUAAUAUGUUUAGGAUUUUACUCGUUAAUUGAUCGGAAAAGUACACUCGAUAUAAUUCGACACAUUAAACAUAUAAUCCAUCUCAAUGUAGCCUAUAUAAUUGCAUUAAACCUAAAAACAUUGUUAACUUGAUAGUGGACAGACUUACAGACUUUAAAAUAAUUUUUAUUAGAACAAGAAUGAACAUGUUUACUGAGGAGAAGAUUGAAAAAAUCCAUAAAAAAAUUCAUCUAAGAAACCGAAAUUUAAGCUUUAUAUACAAAGUUAUAUAAAGUAUCCUUGU